UCCAGGACCAACGUUGCCUACCCCUGCUGUAGAGUAUGGGUUUGAGUUUGGAGUCAAUUUCAGUACGGAGAGUGUACAUUUCAUUAUACAGUAGGCACAUUUAGGAAUGAAUGAUAAGUUCAUAAAACGAUAGUUGAAUUUUAAACAGGUACUUUAAUUUUUUCUGUGCUUCAAUUUACUUUUUUUUUUUAUCCUCCCUCAAGAUGAAGCAACUCAGAAUUGAUGCCAUCUUUUAUAACUGACGCUGUUGUAGAAGUUGGUUAAUAAGGUAUGAUUAUGUUGGACGUCUACUUUUGAAUUAUUCACGUGAUUGUUUGUGAGCCAGUGCCCCAAGCUUUUCUAACAGUUGUCCUGGUGGGAGACAAACAAGGGAAAGGCCAUUGAGGAGUCGAGGGGAAAGCCAGUGAUCGAUUCUGGGACUAUGCGAGUAUACACACAUACAUCUCGCCCCUUCUAGAAGCAGGGCACCCCCUGCUGUGCCAUCAAAGAAUGGUGGCCUGGCCUCUAUCCGGAGCAACAAAAUUCAAGAGGCUAAUGUGUCGAUGUCUGCAUUCUUGCCAUCUCUCAAUAUGCAUGCCACCACCCUAAUUAAAAUGUAUCGGACAGAGACUGGAGACCUUGCAGAAGAAAUGAAAUGUCUCCUACAAAAAUACGAGUCAUCGGCUUCGGAAAUCCAACGUGUGGCCAGGAAUGGGUCCAGGCAUCCUAUACGGUGCACAAGGCAAUGUCAUCAUUACCAGACUGCAGCUACCUCUGAAAAUAUUGAACUAAAGUAGCAGCAAAAUUAAGAAUUGGGUUGAAGUUUCUGGGGGAAUUACCGGAGGCUUUAUUUGUACCCAAGCUGAUUUUUAGUAGUCGCCUGUUUAUAUCGACAUUCCUACAAAAAAAUAAGACCGAGCCGACAGGAUCACUAAGAUAUAUUUCAGCAUUUGCAGGAAUGUUAACACUUCUCCUGUUAGUUACAUGUCGUAAGAGGGCUUUAGAGAAGGUCCGCAGGAUGUUACUGGAUGUGCUGAGCCAAGUACUGCUGUUCACAAUGUACUGCUGUGUGUUUUUUAAAGACAAGCCGAUUAAAGACUCAAGAAUGAACAACAAGGACGUCAUUUAUUUACAGACACUCUGUGGUGGUCUCAUGGAGCUGCAUUUUUUGCACACCGUCUUAUCUUUCAUGAAAGUUUCAAUUAUUGUAAGAAAACAGUAUAGAAACCAAGGAUAUGUCAGUGGAAUGAAAAGCUUCUUCACAGAUGUAUAUAAAGGGGAGAAGAAUGAAGAUCAGGAAGAAAUAGAAAUGGACAACAGAGGAAAUACACCAGCAUCACUACCAGCACCACCAGCAGCAUGGCUACCAGCACCACUACAAGCCACUACCACCAGCAGCAGAAUCACUAUCAUUACCACCACCAGCAGCAUCACUACCAGCACCACCAGCAGCAUCACUACCAGCACCACCAGCAGCAUCACUACCAGCACCACCAGCAGAAUCACUACCAGCACCACCACAAGCCACUACCACUAGUACCAUCAUCCACUACCACUACUACGAUCGACCACCACCAGCAUCUUCAGCACCACCACCAGCAGACCCAAGAGACAUUGAUGAUUUGUAAAAGCAGAAUUCCCCAGGAGUUCAUUUAUAGUUUAAUUAAACACCCUUAGUAUUUUAUUUUAUAGAAAAUGAAUUAGUAUAUUUAACA